AUGCACUCUCCCAAGUAAAAAAAAAAACCUCUCUAGCAAUACACAGCAAACUGAGGAUGUGCAGAGUGACUCCACAUAUAUCUUAUCAGGAGGUAGGAGGGGGAUACUGGAAGAAGCGGAGGAUCAGGGAAGACAGGAUGAAACUGCGUUUCUACACAAUGCAAAGGAUUAACCCGUUAGGUUCCACAGUGAGUAUAACAAACAUGCUUUACUGCCAGGGGCAGACUGACAACUCAUGGGGCCCCCGGGCAAUAGGGGAUCAUGGGGCCCCUGUGUCCUUGCCCAAACUCAAAGAAGCCUAU